AGCCGGAGAUAGAGAAGGUAGAAGAUGACUCCGAGGCACCUGGGGCAUCGAGCGCAGGGCCGCGCGACGGCGCAGGACUCGGCCAGUCACCACAGUCCCCGCUCAGUAGCUGGCCCGCUCUCUCUCCUGCCUCUCAUCUUGGUGAGUAUUACAGUCGCGAUUGUAUCAUCACGAGCAUCAUCAUCAUCACUAAUGGAUAUCUACCGUGAUGAUGGUGAUGACGUCACGUCAAGUGUUGUCCUUAGGAAUAGCUCAGCAUACCCGACCUAUGAUUGAUCCUUGUAAACUUGUAGAUUUUGUUUUGAAAUACAUUAAUUAAAUAUUCUG